AUGGAGAGGAGGAUUAUUUUCUGCAUGCUUUUCUUUUGUUCCAGUAUGGCACUGGCUGCACCUUCACCCAGAAUACUAAAAUACAAACAGCUCCUCAAGAAAAUUCAAUGGUUAGGAACCAUAGUGAAAGAUAAGGAUGUUGAAUUGCUGCAUACACCAGAAAACCCUGUGGAUGGAUGCCUGUCCACAGCUGUGACCUGCUUCCAGAGUGGGAUACUGAAAUUACAACCAGAAAACAGCCAAGACAAUUCCACAUUCAUCCAAACCACUAAAGUCUUCAAAAACUUCACUUUCAGAAGCCCUGAAAUCCAGUGUGAGUCUUCAUGUGAAUCUUACGAGAAAAAAAGCCCCAAAGAGUUUUUGAGGAGCUUUGAAAAACUAAUCCAACAGUUAUUCAAGAACUGA